GAGAAGCCGAAUGGCAUUGGCGGGAGUUUGACGCGUGCAGCAGGACUCGCAGGGGAAUACGUAAUCGCAUUGAGUGAGUCAGGAGUAAAGAACAGCAAAUUUUAGGACUGCCAAGAAUUGCCACGGUCAACAGGGGUUGCCGGUGAUCGUGGACAGCAUGGCCGAGAGCUCAGUGAAGGCCCAGGAGGUGUCGGAAGCCCCAGCUGCCCAGCAGAACGGGCUGCCGGCCCCCGAGAGGUUCUCCUUCAGCCCCACUCCCACCCUGGAGGACAUCCGGAGGCUCCAGGCCGAGUUCACAGACGAGCGGAACUGGGAGCAGUACCACCAGCCUCGGAACCUGCUGCUGGCCAUGGUGGGGGAAGUUGGCGAGGUCUCGGAGUUGUUCCAGUGGAAAGGAGAGGUGGCGGAGGGCCUGCCCAGCUGGACGGAGCGGGAGCGAGAGCAGCUGUCCCACGAGCUCAGCGACGUGCUCAUCUACCUGGUGGAGCUGGCUGAGAAGUGCCACGUGGACCUCCCGAAGGCCGUGCUGGCCAAGAUGGCCAUCAACCGGUCCAAGUACCCGGCCAGCAAAGUCCACGGGCUGGCCAAGAAGUACACAGAGUACCAGGACUGAGGGGGCCCGGUGUUGUAGACAGGGCUGGGGGGGGGGCGUCUGGUGUUCAGGACCUGGCUGGGGGAGGGAUUUGGAUGCCGUGAGUCCUGGAGCCUGGUGCUCUAGACCUGUAUCCUGUAGACAUGUAGACCUGUGUGUUGGGCUCUGUGGGACCUGGCAUACUAGACUGGGGGGGUGUUGGACACCAUGGGGCCUGGUGUUGUAUACUGGGGGGGAGGGGAUGAUGCCAUGGGGCCUGGAGUUGUAUACUGGGUAAAGGGGGGGGGUGAUGCCAUGGGGCCUGGUGUUGUAUACUGGGUAAGGGGGGUUGGUAGAUACCAUGCAGCCUGGCCUUCUAGACUUGUGGGGGAAGGGUGUUGGAUGUGAAAAACUGAAUUUCAGGCACACAGCAGCAGUUUAUUUUAGCAGUUUAAAAUGUGCAAGCAAACCAGGUUAACCGAAAACCACAUCAUAAUUUAAUUUCCAUUUUUAAAGGUGGAAGUUGACUUGUGCCUGGCUUGUCACUUCACUUCUUUCAUUAUUAGUGACACAGUUCCUCAGAGUGCACACGUUUACUCUGCUGAUAACGUUACCAGGGGCCCUGUAGUGCUCUGCUCGUCAAGUGCACCCCCAGCAGCCUCAGUCCCUCCAGGCUUUAUUUUUUGCGAUUUUCAGCGAUUUUUAUUUUCAGCACUGGAAGAGGAAAACUCUCUAUGACUGUGUGGUGGCGUCUAUGUUGGUCUGCGUUUCGAGUGUCUAGUUUUAACCUGAGUUGUUUUAGUCAAAGCUUUCUGGUGCCAGGAAAGUGCGAAUGCUGUUUACUUUCACGCACCGUUUGAGAAUCGUCCAGCCAGAUCUGCUGGGCUUACUGGCCGCCUCAUUUUAAAACCGCUCCGUGUGGAUCUCUUGGUUAGUCCCAAGCGACAGGCGUAGCUGGGUUCUUAGCUGUGAGUCUCUCAGGGUUCAGGUAUUGGUGGGCUUUCAGUCCCAGCAGUUUUCAUAUCGCAGAAAUCGGGAUGAGUUGUGACUUUGUGGAAGAUGAAAGGCUUGACCAUUCUAAGGUGUCGGAAAAGGGCCUGAGAGUAACUCUCCCGCUGGGUAGGCAGGCGAGUCAGAAGCCUAAGUCUGCAUGGGCAGAAUACGUGGAGCUGUGGUUGGGGCACUGGGUUCGUUACUGGGAGGUUGCAGGUUCAAAUCCCAGAGGGGGCACAGCUCUCGUACCUUGAGAGCAAGGAACAAAAUGCCCAUGUGUGUAAAGUGGGAGGUUAGGGAUGUAGCCUCGGAUACAAAUAAGUUUACAACGGUUAAUUCAAUGUUGGCUCCUAGGGUGACAGUUAAUUACAUUCAUCUUUGUACAGAUCACCAAUGUUUGGUGUUUCAGUGCAAUUCCACAGUAAGUUCUUAAACAACUGUAUUUCCUGUACAAUUUCUUCUACAAUGCAGUCUGGUUCAUCUUGGCUCAAUUGGGUGUAUUUUUGUGAAGCCCCAAGACGCUCUGAAACACAGGAGGUCAUAAUUCAGCGCCAGUUCUCUCAUCUUGUUAACUAAGACCUCUUCUCGUGUACAGGAGAAACUGGAAAAUAAAGACCAUCUUUUAACGGGGA